AUGCGAGUAGACUGUGCAUCGCACGGCGAUCAUCCGAGCAGCGAAAGGAUUGGGCGUCUGAACUUGCUGCAUGAUUCAGACGAACAGCCGUCAACUCACUGCCGCUCUGCCUCCGAUGUGCUCCUUCGCCUCCCGCGGACGCCCACAUCCACAAUCUUGGGGUUCUCUAUACCAGAUGGAGACUGGGGGUUGAAUUCACAUGUACCAGAUGGAGGGCCGUCGUGGUCCGCGAACGAGCCUUCUCCUGCUGCCUUGGCGCUCUAG